UAGAGUUGUGACUAGUCUCGUUGAUAGAAAGAAGGGGGUAUGGAACAUAGUUGUUCACAUGAAAACAAAUGAGCAAGUCGCUUUGAGGUUAGCUUUAAAGGCGAUUUCCUAUCUGUGUUAGGCAAUAGGUAGAUUGCAAAGUGCAGGAAAAAAACGAGUCUCCUGCUUUAGGUUUUAUUGCUAGAAGUUUACGGGACACGGCUAGAUAAUGCUGCCUUGGAAGAAGAAUAAAUUCGAACUGAUAGAAGGAGAUAAGCAGUCGAAACAGAAGGGUUAUGCCGUGAGUUUGAACUACUCUGCGCUGACCUCCUUUGCCAAGUCGUGCCCGGAGAGCGCCCUGAACCGUGUGGGCAGCAUGUUUAAAUCCAAGAGGAAAAAAGUCAAAAUUACCAACGAGGACCCCACAUACACCGUCUUGUACCUCGGGAACGCCACCACAAUCCAGUCGAAAGGAGAAGGCUGCACCGACAUCGCCGUGAGCAAGAUAUGGAACAAAAGCGAGAUGGGCAAGAAUGGCACGAAGAUGAAACUCACCGUAAGCUCACAGGGCAUCCGGAUGGUUCAUGUGGACGACAAGGCGAGGAGACCUGGCCACUUGUACUUACUGCACCGGAUAACCUACUGCGUCGCAGACCCGAGGUUGCCCAAGAUUUUCGCUUGGAUUUACAGACACGAGAUGAAGCACAAGGCGGUGAUGCUGCGGUGCCAUGCUGUGCUCGUUUCCAAGCCGGAGAAGGCUAAAGCCAUGGCGCUGCUCUUGUAUCAGACGUCGGCGACUGCUUUGGCUGAGUUCAAAAGGCUAAAGCGAAGGGACGAUGCCAGGCACCAGCAACAGCAGCUAAUAGGUGAUCAAACAAUCCCACUGGUGCCAAUCAGAAAGCUUCUUAACGGACAGUGCUAUUACAAGCCACCAGUGGAGCGCAGUCGGAGUGCGCCGAAGCUCGGCUCUAUCACCGAGGACUUGCUCGGCGAAGAAGAGGAGGAAAGAGCCAUGCACUUUGAAUGCGAGGAUAUUCUUGAUUCUGACAGUGAUUGCUUGGGUAAAGGAAAACGCGAACUAUCUCAGAUUAUUAAUGACCUUGGGGAAAUGUGCAUUGGAAACGACCUGCAGACACUAAAAUCUGACUUACGGGUUACCAGGUUGCUGUCAGGCGAGAGUACGGGCAGUGACUCCUCUAUAGAGGGCAAUCAGGAACCCAAUUCUAUUUCCAGCGGCUUCGUGGAAGGCAAAAUACAGGACAUUGGCUGAUUAUCCAUAGCCUACUUCACCCUUUACAUAAACCCAAACUGCCUCUAGAACAAACCUUCACCUUUUAUAACAUUCAGCAUUUCUGUUGUCCGUCACAAAGAGCAUGCAUGCCAAGGGUGUUCUGUCUCCUCAUCCAAUCAACUUGAAAGAAAACUUUUAAGACUAAAAGUUAUGUUACAACGAGUUGCAGAGAAACCAUAAUAUCUUUAUUCAUCGGAAGCACGCGUACUUGCAAAUCCACAAGACUACACAUUUAUUUCCUUGACUUGAAAUGCAGUUACGACUCUGCAGAGUAACAUUAUAUUACUGCUCUUUAAGAGAGAUUGUAUCGGACCAAAUCUGUUUACCCACACCUGUUUCGCUUGAAGAAAUGCCAAAUUCUCGACGAACAGAACCGAUGUUGAAAAAUUUGUUUUCAAGACCAUCAUCAAUGGGAAAUCGAUGUUUCCAUACCUUCAGUGUGGCGCGUGUUUAUUUUCUCUGAGCCUUUGUGGAAUUGUCUUUCCCGUGUUAUGUUGUUGAUUGUACAUGGUAUUGUUCAACUCACAUUUUCAUAAUGUUCACCAAAUGUUCUCAUAAACAUAAAUGUUAUAUCUUUGCUGUGCAAAAGGAAAAAUAUAUCCUAAAGUUUUUAGAUGUCUAUAAUAAAUGAUAAUCUAUAAGUGUGUAUGAAUAUUUGCUAUUUUUAAAGAGACGUGGGCUGAUUUCCUGGAACGAUUCUACAAUAAAGAACAAAACUAAAACCUUCAA